AUGAAAGGUGCACCUGUAUUCCAAUACCCCACACCACCAAGUCCUUCAUAUUCAGUGCAUAGUCCAAGUUAUAAUGGUGGAGAAAUAUUUUUUCCACGUGGUCGCAGCACACCACGUACGCCACGUACUAGUGUGAGUUUUGCUGCUGGCGAUGAAGUGAAUUUCUUUCGCCAUCCACCAGCUACACCAGGCGGUCCACCACAAUCAGCACCACCAAUGCCCAGUCAUCAGGCACCACAAUUUCAUCACUCAGCGUAUACACAUUAUCAGUACACACCGCCACCAACACCAACCACUUCAAUGGCUGCCGCAAGUUCAACGGCAGCUGCCUCCAGUACCACAGUGCCAAAUGCCACAAAUACCGCGUCAACAUCCACAGCAACUGGAACAACACAAAGAUUACAACGAAGCUAUCCUGAUUCAGUUAGGCGUUCACGUUUAACAUCCACUGGCGAAGAUGAACGCGAAUAUCAGAGCGAACACGAAACCAGCUGGGAUGAGUUCGAGGAUCGAUAUUUAAACUUCACCGCAGGACGUGAACGUCUACAGGAAUUCAAUGGACGAAUACCACCGCGCAAGAAGAAAAAGGAGGUUCAGAAAGCAAAGCCAGAAAAGAAGGCUAUUGGUGGUGAUAUAUUUUCGCCGCCGGAAUGUGAAAAUAAACAUUUGGAAACUUAUUUGCUAAACAAUGCGGAAAUGGGAUGUCCACUGUUGCUUGUAGCACCAUCCUUUUAG